CUUCCCAUUGGCUGUCGUUUGAUUUUCCCAGGGCACGCCUCCGCUGCCUAGUUCGCUGCCUUCUCAUUGGUCGAACCAACAGGAGCCCUCCCGCCGUUGGCUGCCGUGCUAUGCGUCGGCACCGCUGAUAGGGCGCGUGCGCCCGGCCAACCGCCGAUCUCUGCGAGUCCCGCCCUUCCCCUGACCGGGAAUUAGAGUUGUUCUGUGUUCGUGAGGAAAGGCGGGUAAAUGAGGCGAAGGUGCGGGAGGCUUUCCAGGGGGCGCCGCUGGUAGAUAGGAUGCGGGCGUUGCCUGCCAUCUUUUUUUACCCGAAGGGUUAGUCACCGGCAUUUGUCUCUGGAAGGGAACGUGACCGGCUGUCAGGCUGAGGAGAAAAGCGAGCCGGCUGUACCGCGCAUGCGGGCUGUGGUGGCCUCGCGUACCCUCUUGCUUUCAAACCACCAGGGACAGUGCGCCUGCGCAUGGCCCUCCUGGAACAUGGGAGGAGCUUUCCCAAGGGGGCGUGUUUUAAAGGGCCCUCGAUGAUAAGUGGAGGCGUUUUCUUUCUCCGGCUGACGUCACAGUCAGCCCUUGUGACGUCACUCUGAUGACGCUCGAAAAGGCCAUUCAAAACCCUAAAUGCAGUGAGGGGGAAUCGCACAGAGAAGGGGUAAAAUGAUUCCCUACCUAUUAAUAAUAAUAAUAAUAAUAAAACACAAUACGGAAAUUCAAAAACUCCUUAGAGAUUCUGGCACCUUUGAAACCUGUUUUAGUCUUCAGACUUGCUCACUUUUGCAGCCAAAUGUAGUGGGUGGCCUUAUCCAGACAAGGGCACAGCAGCAGGGGAGCCAUCACUGAGAGACUUCCCAGUGUGCAGUGCCAUCAGCUGAAAAUGGUGUUUUGUUGCAUACUGGUUUUUGCGGCAGGCUUAUGAGAUCCCAUAAGCGUGUGAAUGGUGACUAGGAUUGCCUAACCUGAUGGCAGGGAGGUGGAGGAAUUCCUGCAGAAAACUUAAUUCAGCAGGGAUCUAAGCAGUAAUUCAUGCCACAAGCAUAAAGGAGUGAUCAGCAGAAGUUUUUGGGGGGGAUAUACAGGGGAUGAGAUUGUCUCAUCAUUUAUGUUCCCAACCCCAUCAUUGUGUUCUGUGUGGGAAGGCAUUCAGCAGAUAACCAUCCUAUCAGGGGGUCCAUUCAGCACAAUGUUGGAAAUAUUUGGGUUUUCCAACGCCAUCUGGGUGCCCACCAUGAGAACAGGAUUGCUGUACUAAAUGGGCUAUUGACCAGAUCCAGCAGGUUCUUGUGUCCUUAACUCUCACUCGUUUUAUAUCAGACAGGUGCCUUCUGUUAUUUUGGUGCCUAUUGAAUAUGUUCUAAAAGUCUCUCCUAAAUGGAGAUCUGACUCUCCAAGAGACAGUAGUGUUAUUCACUGAGUCCAAAAAAUAGUAAGACAGGGUUCUAGACAGAGUAGCACUUCCCUGCAAGGAGUUGGUUCAUAGCUUGGGGGUCCUUCUGGGUCCAACCAACAUUGUUACUUGAGGCCCUGAUGGCCUCAGUGGUUAAGAUUGCCUGUGUCCUGCUAUACCUGAUUCACCAGCUACAGACACUUCCAGAGUGGAUUAUUGUGAUACACUGUACCCGGAACUGUCAUUGAAAACAACUUAGAAACUUCAAUUGGUCCAAAAUGCAGUGGCCAGAUUAGAACCCGUAUGGUAACUCCAGUUCUAAAACAGCUUCAUUGCUUGCCAGUCCCAAUUCAAGGUUCUCACCCUUGUGUUUAAAGCACUAAAUGACUUAGGCCUCAAGGAUCUGAGAGACCACUUCCUUCCUUCUUGGGUGUUAAGAUAAACAGAGGGAGCCAUCUUGAUUGUUCCACCAACCUUGGAAGGGUGGGGGUGGGGGUGGCCCAGGAGAGGGCAUUCUCUGUGGUUGCCCCUAAGUUGCAGAAAUCCCUCCUUGCAGAGGUGGGUGUGGCAUCUUCAAUAUAUAGUGUUCAUAUAUAUAUUCAUCUCUUGUGAAUGUAAUCUGUUUUAGCUGUUUCUAAUUCUAAUUUUAAAUCAUUGUAACCUGCCCUGGGACCUGCUGGUGAAGGGUGGGUAAUAAUAAUAACAAUCGUAAUUAUCUCAGUAGGUAUGUGUUCUGAAUUUGAAUUUAUUUUAUAUGUGCUUUCGUGUGUAUAUGGAUAUGGAUAUGUGUUUGUAUGUACAGUAUAUGUAUGUAUGUAUGUAUAUAAGAAACUAUAUUAAUUGGUUUUUAUGCAUGCAAUUGCUUGACAUGUAUUUUUAUUCUACUGUUAAUUGCUCCAUGAUGCCUCCUGGGAAGUGAGUCAUAAAUGGAAUAAUAAAUAAAUGUUGUCCUAGAGGUGCUUAUUGCUUAGUAAAACAACUGGAAUUAGAAAAGGCAGCAUGGUACCUCUUCUUUUGCUUCCCAUUUGCUUAUUGUCUUUCCUGUGGUGACCAAAGAUGCAUAUAAGGUGCCUCAAACAUCAGAAAUUAUUUGAAACCACUGAAAUGAAGUAAUAUGUUGGAUUAUUAUAGAAUCAUAGAAUCGUACAGUUGGAAGGAACUCCAAGCGUCUUCUAGUCCAACUCCCUACAAUGCAAUAAUCUCAUAUAAAGCAUCCAUGACAGAUGACCAUCCAACCUCUGCUUAAAAGCCUUCAAUGAAGGUUCCACCUUCCGAGGGAGUCUGUUCCACCAUCAAACAGCUCUUGCUAUCAGAACGUUCUUCCUGGUGUUUUGUCAGAAUCUUCUUCAAUCUAACUUGAAGCCAUUGGUUCAGGUUCUACCCUCCAGAGCAGAAGAAAACAACCUUGCUCCACCUCCCAUGAUCAGAUGUGCCCUCUUCUGAUUUUUACAGGGGGUGGUGUCUGAAUCAUGUUGCACUUUUCCCUGGGGAUAUUGCUGGGCCUUGCAGCCUGCUGUGCUUCCCUGGAUAACGGACUGCUGAAGACUCCGCCAAUGGGCUGGGUGCCUUGGGAACGUUUUAGAUGUAACACAGACUGCAAAAAUGAUCCUGACAACUGCAUCAGGUGGGGGAAAUGCGCUGCAAGUUGUACUGAAGCUGUUGACUUGUAUGCUGUUAUUAGAACAAUAGUUUUUUGGGGGGGGAUUUCGGGGAGGGGGGAAUGGUCAUAAAGUGAGGAAUUCCACUGGUUUGGUUUGUUCUUUACAUCCUAGCGAACCAUUAAUGCAAUGGUAGGGGUUGUCUGCCUGUGGUUUUUACCUGAAGUCUGCAUCAACUAAAAGGUGCAUGAAUCACACAUGCUACUGUUUGUGGCUUGAACCUUAAGUUUUUUGGAACCUAUCAUUCUAAUGAGGAAAACUGCACCAGUAUCAUAAGGAAAUUUUAGCUUACUUGAACAGAUGCACCUGCAGGCUUAUUUCAGUUCCCCACACUUAUAUCCCUUUGAAACCAAGAUCACAGCAAUGAGAUCUGGCACAGUCUUCUCUUUUCCCCUGCCUAAGAGGUCCCCCCCCCAUACCUUCAGUGAUGCUUCAGGGAAGUCCCAUACCACACCUCUUAGAUCACAUCAGUGUAGCCACAAAGACAGGAAAAGUAAAGUAUUGGACUGGCCAUGUCUCAUCCCACAAUGAGGCAACAAAACAUUUUUCAGAUGGUGAGCAUUGCUUUGCUGAAGCUAACUUUAAACAAGUUGUUUCCACUCUUUUAAAUAGAGAUUGUGAGACUCUUCCAUUGUCAUACCUAAACAAACCUAGGCUUCAAGUGUACUGUUGCAAUUUGCAGCCUGUUUAAUCAGUGCCUUGGUUGUCCCAAUGUUAGUAAUGUCUCCUGAAGAUUCCAUUUUAUCAAAAAUGCUUUUUAUAACCAGCUCUUUUAAAGGGCUUGCAUGACAAUUAUGUGUUCCUCUCUGCGCAGCUAAGCUCCAGCAUCAUAUAGAUCAUCUCUGAAAAUUUUGGUUUUUUUCUUUUUUGUUUUCAACAUAUUAUGUAUUAGUCUAGGCUGAUGUUUGUCAAGUUCAAUCACAUUAGGGAGAGCGGCUCCAGAAAGAGUUGAUAAAGGGUGGCUUUUCAAACCGGCCAUCUAACAUAGCAAGGCCCUGUUCACACUAGCUUUCUAACUCUUGUUCAUUAACAGUGAACACUUGAUCAAGGCUAUGGCAGACAGGCUGGCUGGCGACGGAUGGUUGCGGCUCGGCUACAAGUAUGUCAACCUGGAUGACUGCUGGGCAGCAAAUAAACGAGAUGCGCAAGGCAGGUUGCAGCCAAACCCCGAAAGGUUCCCCAGUGGCAUUAAAGCCCUUGCCGAUUACGUAAGUUCAAUGAAAUGCAUUUGUUCUGAAAGCUUUCAGAUUUCUCUAAAAGCUGCAAGAAAAAAGCUACUUGAGAUUAAGCUUCUGCUGUAGUAUACAGAGGAGGUAGCUUUGUGUAUUUCUUACGGACUUUGUAUGUGUUUUUGUGUAAAAGUGCUUCUACAUAUGCUAUUUUUGUGUGACAAUUGGUUAACCAAUUUAAUUAGUAUUAAUGUAGUCAUGGUUUCUUCUUGGCUUGCUAGUUGUGCUUUAAUGGAGCAAAACAAGCCACGAUGCCUAAUUCAGACACAGCAAGCCAGGAUCAUGAUUUGUUUCCUUUUGGCACAAACAAGAAGGAGUGAAAGAGCCCUCUUGUGUAUUGGUUUUUAUUUAUUUCAGCAGUAUAUACGCCACUUAAUUGCAGUGUACAAGAAAGUCAAUACAAUGAAAAUGAGUUAAAAUGACAAAAUCAGUAUUCAGUUACAAUGCCUGCUAGAGUAAGAUUCUUCAACAGGCACCAGACGCCUACUGACUCUGGCAUGUCCUGAAUGGGAUUGCACAACUUUCUGUGCUGUGCAAAUUGGGCCAUAAAGAAAUACAAUUUUCACUUGAUUUUAACCAAAACAUUUUAACCAGAGCCAAAUGGAAAGCAUACACGCCACAUAUUGAACUUUGGACCCUCCUGUAAGUCUUUUUCUGCCCUUGAGGAGGAGCCCGCAAGGCACAAUUAGUUGUCUCGGCACCAAGAAGAGCUGCCAGAGAGCAGCGUGCUCCAGCGGGUGCACCGGAGUGGGUCCUUGAACUCUGGGAACACCUCUUGUCUGGAUGGAGGAUAGAGAGGGGUGUGUGAAUAUGUAUAGAAACUGUAUAAAGGUCAAAACUGAACUCGCCUCAAAACAGAUUUUUGCAAGAUGACCCUUAAUUCAGAUGCAGCAUAUUUAGCAACUGGGACACGGUUGGUGCUGUGGUCUAAACCACAGAGCCUAGGGCUUGCAGAUCAGAAGGUUGGCGGUUCGAAUCCCCGCGACAGAGUGAGCUCCCGUUGCUCGGUCCCUGCUCCUGCCAACCUAGCAGUUCGAAAGCACGUCAAAGUGCAAGUAGAUAAAUAGGUACUGCUCUGGCGGGAAGGUUAACGGCGUUUCCGUACACUGCUCUGGUUCACCAGAAACGGCUUAGUCAUGCUGGCCACAUGACCCGGAAGCUGUACACCGGCUCCCUCGGCCAAUGAAGCGAGAUGAGUGCCACAACCCCAGAGUCGUCCGCGACUGGACCUAACGGCCAGGAGUCCCUUUACCUUUAUAUUUAGCAAACUAAAUGAUUCUGUCUCCUUUGCAUUAUUUGAAAUGCAAUGAAGCCUGAACAGUUGUGUUUGCUCUCCGGGAAAUUAGCGCUUCUACGAAUUUUUGUUUUGUAGUCUGUUGUGCUGAUUCAGUACCUGUGUGCAAAGUAAGCUGAUACGGCAAAAGCAAAUAAGAGAGUUGACAAAAAAAAGUUAAAAUUUAUAUUCUUUGCUCCACCCAGUUUUGCCUCUGGCUCCACCAACCAGUGGCACAUGGCCUUUGGAAGUCUGCCCAGAAGAAAAUGCGGACCUCGGGCUGAAAAAGGUUCAUUAACUGUAGGAGAUUGCUGAGCCUGCCAGCCUCAGGAUCCCCAGCAUCAUGCUCAGAGUUGGGGACAUGGCCCCUUUCUUGAGCUGGUAUCACUGUAACCUCUGACUCUGUGUCAUGGUCCCCACUGGACUCUGGGGUCAUGGCGCUCCCUCUUGCCUCUUCUCACCCAGGUUCACUCCAAAGGCCUGAAGUUUGGCAUCUACAGUGACCUGGGCAGCAAGACCUGCUCAGGCUACCCUGGGACGACCCUGGAUACUAUUGAGACAGAUGCGAAGACCUUUGCCGAGUGGGGGGUUGACAUGCUGAAGCUGGAUGGCUGCUUCUCCAAUUCUUCCAUCAAGGCAGCAGGUUUGUGCCUGGCAAUAAACAGGGAGGAUCGCAGGAAGGAGGGGAUUUUCAGUUGAAGCCGGCAAAUCCCAGAUUGUCUUUUUUUAAAAUGGAGUAAUCCACAAAGGCAGUGGAUACAUUAAAUGGUUUUGCUUUUAGUCCUUUUGAGCACUAGCAGUCCUGCUUAGUUGUUCAUUGCAUAAGAUUUAUACACUGCCUGAUUCAAAAAUGAAACAAAACUCAAAGCGGUUUACAAAAAUAGAGUUAGAUGCUAGUGUUGAGUUAGAUGUACCAAUGUUUGUGGAAAUCAGUGGGCUUCAACAUGCCUGCAUAGACAUUGUGCCAUUGUAACAGUGGAGGCUGGUUCAUUUGGGCAAAUGGGGCAUGGGCCCAUCAAGCUCUGUCUGACCUCAGCCAACCCCCACUUCCCUCCCUCCUUACUUCCAGCCAGUGGGGAGGGGCACUGCCUGUCACCUUCCUCCUCCUCCUUAGGUUUCCUGUUAUGUUUGUAGAACUUAGCAGGGAAGAGGAUGAGAAGGAUACCAUUUGCUCUGGUGCCACCUGCUGUUGACCUCCCUGCUUUCCACCCCACCAGUUCCAGCAAACCAGCUGUCACUGCUUUUGUCAAUAUUAAAAGCAGCCCGCUGCCAGCCCUUUCUUUCUUUCUUUCUUUCUUGCCCAGGCUACCCAAAGAUGAGUGCGGCAUUGAACAAAACGGGACGGCCCAUUGCCUUUUCUUGCAGCUGGCCUGCCUACGAGGGGGGCCUUCCGCCGAAGGUAAUUUCUGCACCUGUUUCUGUGUCUCUGCCUUUGCCCUGGGACAGGCAACAUUCUCAAGACCAUGGGACCAUUUAUUCCACGGGUAGAGAUGGGAGACAAGACAUGUUUCAUAAAUGGGGUUUCUGUGUCUGGAUAGAACCUGGGUCAGCAAGUGCUUUUGCCAGUCUGGGGGAAGGGGUACGGGGUGAUGGCAAACACCACUCCAUCGCUUCCCACCAACCAGCCUGGCAUUUUCCUCUCUUCACCUUCAGGCUGUGCCUGGAGAUGGAUGACUACCUUCAAGGGGUGUCAGUGACGGGCAGGAGCCUAAGGUGUGGGAUGAGCUGCAAGAGGGCCUGGAGAGCUCCUAGAGGGGGUCAUGUCUUUGGAAAACCCCUGGGCAUUCCCUCUUCUGUUGUUUCCCCCAUUAAAGGAAAGGCUUAAGGCAACUGGACUGCAUCAGCCAGGGGGUGGGGUUUAAGAAGGGACAGGGUGAAUUACACUGUUGCUCCAAGCAUCUGAGACAGAGCAGAGGUCUGCAGUCAUAGUUUGCCUAGACAGCUAGUUAGCGAGGAGUGUUAUUGUAUAUCACUUGUAUGUGCUUCACCAGUUGCUUGUCGUCAUUGGUCCAGGUGUGGUCGGGACAAGAGGCUGUACUUGACCCAACAGCUGUUAGUUAUAAGAUUUGUAUCUCUUUAUUUGCUCAGCCUGUGAACUUGAACUGCUUGAGUGCAGCAGCAAGCGCACAGGCAGCACCAGAUUCCUAGCAACGUCUGUGCCUUUGUGUCCCUGUUGUUUUUAUCCAGGUGAAUUAUACUUUACUUGGCAAAAUAUGCAACCUGUGGAGAAAUUUUGGUGAUAUCGAAGACUCUUGGGACAGCCUCUUCCACAUCAUUGAGUGGUACGGAAAUCAUCAGGACAUAAUUCAGCCUGUUGCAGGACCGGGAAGGUGGAAUGAUCCCGAUACGGUAAAGCCAACUCUUCCCAUACCGCUGUCCCUUCCGCUUAGAAUUCUUGUAGACUCUAAGAGAAACACUAAGGGCAGUACUAGGAUUGUAGACCGUUGCUUUUAGGGAGAAGACAGAAACAUGAUAGCAGCAUCGAUGCACAGAAGAGACUGCAGAAGGCAGACAUCCAAAGGUGUUCUGGAAAAAUUUCUGUCCUGGGGCAGAAAAUAUUUGACAUGGGAAAAUACCGUAUUUUUUGCUCUAUAAGACUCACUUUUUCCCUCCUAAAAAGUAAGGGGAAAUGUGUGUGCGUCUUAUGGAGUGAAUGCAGGCUGCACAGCUAUUACAGAAGCCAGAACAGCAAGAGGGAUUGCUGCUUUCACUGAGCAGCAAUCCCUCUUGCUGUUGUGGCUUCUGAGAUUCAGAAUAUUUUUUUUCUUGUUUUCCUCCUCCAAAAACUAGGUGCGUCUUGUGGUCUGGUGCGUCUUAUAGAGCGAAAAAUACGGCCUUUUUUCUGUUUGGACUUACCAGGAGGUGUGGGGGCAGGGUUCUAACCCCAGUGGGGGGCAUGUUCCAGGCACAGAGGCCAGGGAUAGCCAGGUUACAGAUUGCCAGCACCACUUCCAGAAAGUCAGGUCAAACCAGGAUCAAGCCCCCAGCAAGGCCAGGCCAGACAAGGCAGGGGGCAAGUCUAGGUAAAUAAGGUCAGUCAAAGCAGAGGUCAGAAGGCAAGCCAGGUAGCACCCUGGAUAGCUCCCAUAGUCUGCCAGUCUGAUAAGGAAGGCCUGAAUGUUGCUCCAACAUCCUUCAAACCCAGACUGAGCCUUAAAUCAGCCUGCAGUCUCCUUUGAGCAGCUUUCCCUUCCCAUAGUAAGUGGAGCCUCUACUCUUAAAGGGUCCCUGAUAGUUUCAGCAGCCAGUGGUGUAGGAAGGCCAAGUUUCUACUAGCUCCUCCGAACUGGUGUCUUUGGAAGGCAACGCUAGAGAGGUGCUGUCAUUGUGGACUCCUCUGGUGCUGGGACUUGCAAAGGAGCUCCUCCCAAGCAAAGAUAGCCUUGGAGUCCAUAUCCUUUGUCCUUUGAGGAUGGGGAAGCUAUGCACCUUUAGAGGGAGCACGGCCCUGUCCAGAAUAGGCAACUCGAAUUUGAGCACCAUUUACCCACAGAGCAUCUGCCUUGCCAUGAUCCAAACUCACUUUACUGCCCCUCAUCCAGUCCACAGGUGCCCACAGCAUUAAGGCACAAGUCCAGGUCUUGCAUGACCUCUCCUAUUCAGAGAACUAGAGCUGCAUGUCAUCAGCAUGCUGAUGGCACCAUGCUCCUAAAGUCUGCUCCCAGUGGCUUCCUUUAGAUGCUAAAUAACAUCUAGGACAGAAUGUUGCCCUGCAGAACCUUCAUGCACAGAAACAGGACGCUUCUGAAUUCUGGCUGUUGGGAACAAACCCCAAGGAAUGGCUGUCACCUUGCGUGCUGCAGUCACGAAUUUCCCAGAGAUAUCUUCAGUGGUUGCUCUGGAGACAGGAUGGUCGGUGAGAAGGGCUUCAGUCUGAUCCAGAAACUGCACUUCUUAUAAUAGCUCCAAGGCAAUCUGAGAAAAGAAGACUGUAGGUCUGAUUUAGGAGGACAUUUGGACUGCAAAUGAUAAGAGAGGCAGGGAAAUCCCUAAACCAAGCCUGACAACCUUCACACUCCAAGUAACCACUAGAGGGCGUUUUCCUUCCUCUGUUCUGCAGAGCUUCCUUUUAAUUUCCAGCGCUUUUAAUUCCUAUACAGUCGUGCCUUGGAAGUUGAACGGAAUCCGUUCCGGAAGUCUAUUCAACUUCCAAACGUUUGAAAACCAAAGCACAGCUUCUGAUUGGCUGCAGCCAGCUUUCUGCAGCCAACGGAAGCCACAGAAGCCCCAUCGGACGUUCGGCUUCCAAAAAUAUUUCGCAAACCGGAACACUCAUUUCCGGGUUUGCGGCAUUCGGAAGCCAAAACAUUUGAGAACUAAGCUGUUCAAAAACCAAGGUAUGUCUGUACUGCCUUUCAAGUUUUUCUGCCCACAGGUGGAAAUUUAUUGAUUUAUUUGACACUAUUUUUAUUUACUACUUGAUUGCAAGAAAAACUUCUAAGUUGUAUAGAAAGAAUCAACAUGAAUUUGAUAAGAAUCUACCUAUCCAAAGGGGACAUUGACACAGAACCUAAGAAAGUGGUCUGCAUUGCUGGAAGAUGCUGUCUUAAGCAGGGAUGGGCAAUGCGUGCCUCUGCAAUUGUGGCAGGGCUCCCAAGCCAGCAGUCAGGGAUGAUGGGAGCUGAUCAGCAGAAGUCCCCCAUGAAUUGUGCCCCCCAUGAGUCAGGGCUGCCCUCCACUUUUAGUGGUGCCCGUGCUCAGCAGUCCCCAGGGAUAGUGGCCCACCUUCAAGGUUACUGCAUGGUUUACUGGCAUGUGUAUAAACAAAGGGCUUUGCAAGCCAGUAAUUCAUUGUAGAAAAUGGCAGUCUUCUAAUUAUUAUUAUUACAAAUGCCAAAAUAAGAAUACCUCAUUCUGCAAGUCCUUGGCAGCUAGUAGUUGUAAUAACUCGCUUGGAAAGGUGUCCUAUGAAUAUUUAAAACAAGAUGUUUUGGUUAUUAUUGAUUUAUAUACCGCUUGUUUGCCAGAAUGGCUUCCAAGUGUUUUACAAUGAUUAAAAUUGGUACAUAAUUAAAAUACACAAUUGACAAAUCCAUUAAGGCAUUAAAACAUACAAUCAACCAUUAAAAAGUGUGAUAAUUAGUACCAUUGAACAGUUAGAGCAAUAAAACCGCACGUUCCGUUCUGGGGAACACUUACCCCCUAAACAGGUGUGUCUUCAAGGGCUGGAGGAAUGCCAGCACAUAUGGAGGGCUGUGAUGUUUCAGCAGGGAGGGCAUUCCACAACACUGGCACCAAAACCUGCCUCUGUGUUACCACAGGGUAAUAACCAUCAGGCCAUGGCAAACCUAAUCAGGGAUAAACUCGUCCCAAUUUGUCUUUACAUUCAGGAUCUGGUUUCAAAGCUGUAAAUCAUUUUUCCCUUUCCUUUUGUGUUGCUCUUCCUCUAGAAGAUGACACACUGCUGAAUAAAAUGUUCUUUCUCUUGUCUUGUGUUUUCCCCCCCAGCUGAUCCUUGGUAACUUUGGCCUGAGCUACGAGCAGUCGAAAGUGCAGGUGGCCCUGUGGGCAGUGCUGGCGGCCCCUUUCUUCAUGUCCUGUAACUUGCGGACUAUCUCAACCGAGGCCAAGAACAUCUUGCAGAACCCACUGCUCAUCUACAUCAACCAAGACAAUCUGGGGAUUCAAGGGAAGCGUAUUGCAAAGGUAUGGUUACUGAGUCACUGAGAUGGGGACCUGAGCAGUAGCGUUCUUUAUCCUUAGGGUGGUUGCAAGAGCCUAAAAACAUGUCAUCCAUGGAAUGGGUCGUCCAUGCAGCUAAGCUGCAUAUGGACAUACAAGGCCACCUUGUGCCAGGGCCAGAUUUCGUCCAUCUACCUCAGCAUCCCCUAUUCUGAUUGGCAGCAGCUCUCCAAAGUCUUAACUCCCCCGUUCACAAUUCCCUGUCCCCCAAGAUCCUUCAACUCAGGUCCAGGGAACCUCUUUGCAGUCUGAAAGCUGUGUGCCUGUGGUGGGUGGAGCCAAAGGCAAAAUGGGUGUGGCCAAUGGGAAAGUGGGUGGAGCCAAGGGGAAGUGAGUGAAGCAAGUUAUCUGACAAAGUCAGCUGUGUAGGAGUCUGAGGUUACUGUACACACACCUCUCCAGCCAGGUGAGCGUGAGGUGUUCUCCUAGUUCAGGAAGGCAUUCCAACUGGGCAGAAUCUCUUGAGGGGAGUAUUAUUAUUAUUAUUAUUAUUAUUAUUAUUCUCAUCAUUUAAUUAAAAUUAUAUCCCUGCCUUCUUCCCAUGCACCCCAGGGCUGCAAAAAGAUAAACAGUUAAAAAUCAAAGCAAAAACAUUCCAAAACAGAUGAAAACAUUCUAAAUGGCAACCGCAAUAAAAAGCAUACCGUAUUGGCCUGAAUAUAAGUCUCACUUUCCCCCCACCAAAUUCCAACCAUGAAAAGUUAAAGUGUAGCUUAUAUUCUCAACCUUAUGGUAUGCAGCCAGGAACGCGGCAAAGCAGCGCCCACCCUGUGCGUAGUCCCCCGUCCUCUCCCCCACGGCCAGGAAGGGAGAGAGGGUGAAGAAGGGGAAAGGCCAACAGCAAUGCAGCGCAGUCCCCCCCCCCCAUAUCCAAUAUGCAGCCAGGAGCAGCGAGGAAUGGAGUGGCUUAUAUUCAGGUAUUUUUUCUUUUUUUUUCUCCCCCCCCUCCAAUUUUAAACGUGCGGCUUGUAUUCGGGUGUGGCUUAUAUUUGGACCAAUACAGUACUUUCAUCCACUGAUCUCAGGGUUGCCAGGAACAGUGUUCUUCAGCCAGCAAAAGCCGGAGUGUUUUCCAUUCCCUCCUGAAAGUUAGCAAUCAUGUAGCGAGGCAGCCUCACUAGGGAGGGCAUUCCACAACUGGGGAGCUACCACUGAAAAGGCUGUGUCACGGGUCAGUGCCAACCAGGCAGCCCUCCCGGGUGUGGCCUGGGGAGAGUCUUGAACACCAGCUAGAGUGGCCUGGAAGGACUCAUUUGGGUUCUGGGCUUUAGGUUCCCCACCCUUGCUUUAAUUGGAGGUGGCAGGGAUAAAACCUGGGGCCUGCCUGCAAAGCAGGUGCUCUGACACUAAGAUGGGGUUGCAGUAGGAUUCCUAGAGUCCCAGGAAUAUUUUUUCUGUUUUAUGUGUAAAUGGCCUUGAGACAGUGAUUUAGAAGGUGAUUAAUAUAAUAAUACAAUGAAGCCUUUGUUGAUGUUUCUUUGCUUACCUACACAGAUUGCUUCUUAGCCUUCUCUCUCAUGUCGAACACUGUACUUCACCACUGCGGAGUACCGUAUUUUUUGCUCUAUAAGACUCACUUUUUCCCUCCUAAAAAGUAAGGGGAAAUGUUUGUGCGUCUUAUGGAGCGAAUGCAGGCUGCGCAGCUAUCCCAGAAGCCAGAACAGCAAGAGGGAUUGCUGCUUCCGCUGCGCAGCGAUCCCUCUUGCUGUUCUGGCUUCUGAGAUUCAGAAUAUUUUUUUUCUUGUUUUCCUCCUCCAAAAACUAGGUGCGUCUUGUGGUCUGGUGCGUCUUAUAGAGCGAAAAAUACGGUAAUCCAUAGAAAGCAGCUUUGUGCCAAUGUGCAUCUAAGUCAGUAUUGUCUGCCCUGACUGGCAGCUCAAGACUGGUAGGGGUUUCAGGCAGGGGUUGUUCCUCAAACCUUAGGCCUUCUCUUGGCAAAGCAAAUGUUCUACCGCUGAGGCACAGCUCUUCCUUGAACGCUGGACAUCGCCAUAAACAGCUGAGGGACAUGGGAGGGGCUGGAGAGGUUCAGCAAUGCCAGUUUGUAAGAAAAACAACAUGUGGCAUUUUCCAAGUUGGGCAGAAGUUCAGAAACCAGGGAACCAGAAACGGGAUGUCCUGCGUAACCAUUUUUCUAUUCAAGGUAAACAGAGGGGAAGAAAGAGCCACAAAUGAGUAGGAGCAGUUAGGAGCAGUUCCUACAUGGCCACUGAAGUACUGGAUGACACAGCAGCAGCUGGCUUUGUGGCAGGAUCCAGCUUGGGCUUUUGAGUCUCCUGGGGCCACCUUGGCCAGCAUCAGGCUCCCAGCUCCUUCUUUCCGUAAUUGUCCUCGCACGCACUCAUCCCUUGUGGCAUGUGAACUCGAUCAGCAUCGGGACUUAGCGCUUUGCCAUCCCGCUCCUUCCUGCAACCAGCAGGCGAUUUGUUUUCUUACCUUCUUAGUCAUUAAUAUUACUCCGGCGACACCCUCCUCCCCCGGAUAUCUGUCCCUCCCACACACGGGCCUCCCUUCCACCUGAUCCCAAAUCAAUAGGAGCCACACCUCAUUUCGUAAUGAGGCUCCAGCUGUGAGUGUGAUACCUGCUGAUAGUCGCGGCCUGCAGGUUUUCCCCACACACAUCACCAAUUCCUAGGAUUGAUAGGCACAGCAGGGUAAUAAUUAAGCAGAGUAUCGAACCUAAUAAUAGCUCUGUGCACUCUCUUUGUCACACCCCAGAUUAGGUUGUGCCAAUACUGGGAAUUUGGUGGCCAUAGCCAGAACUCUGCUUGAGCAGGUUUGGGUGGCCUGCGGGCCUCCAGAUGUUGUCAGACUCCCAGCAACCAUCAGCCCCAGCCAGCGGGAGCAGUGUUUGGGGAUGAUGGGAGUUGUAGUCCAGCAGCUUCUGGAGAGCUACAGGUUUCCUGUCCCCAACUUGAAAGAAGCCCAUGUCAUAACCAUUCACUGCAGUCUUGUGAUGUCAAGCACUGGCUGGGUGCAGAGGAAUGGUCGGAGGAACCAGCUGGGAAGAAGACACAGAGCCCGGGGAAUGGUGGUGGAAUGAUGAUGAGCGGUCAGAGGGAGAAGACUGGGAAGAGGACGUGUCGGAAGCUGAAGUAGUAACAGGGCUUAGUGAGCGGGGAGAGUCUGUAGCAGAGAGAAGUUCAGAAUCAGAGGCAGAAGCUGAAGCAGGAGAGGAGGGAGGCCAAGAAGCAGAGAUGAAGAGUCAUGAGUGUCUUCCCCGCCUGCUGUGACGAGCUCCACUCCCCGCUUGUCUCCCAGAAGCAGGAGAGGCAUAAAAGACAGGCCUGCAGACACAGUUGCUUGGGGGGAAAUCCCUGGAGAGGAGGGGGACUUAGACAGCUCUGGGAAGGCAGGGAUGUUUAGUCUCGGCAACUGUUUCAUGGGGGCAAGGCCUGAGUUGCUCAUUAGGCCUGACUCCUGUGCAGAUGCUGUUUUGCUAAUAAAGAGUUUAUUGUCACUUCUGUGCUACAGCACUGGCCACAGUCAUUUUCCUAUCGGAGGCAGGCCAGCAAAUGCUGACCAUCAGGAGUAACACCAUCACUGUCUCCCCCACACUCCUCUACUUCUGUACAUGUCCCAUCCCUGCAGAGUUGCAUGGACAGUGACCUCAAGAAGGAGCGGAAGUCUGCAUAGCUCUGCCUCGCAUGCAAAUAGUCUCAGGUUCCAUUCCCGCCAUCUCCAGGUAGACUUCUUGCCUGAAACCCUGAAGAGCCUUUGCCAGUCAGUGAGUCUGACCCAGUAUAAGGCAACAACGAAUUUUGUUCGUAAGCACAGCGCAGAGAUUGUGUGCAUUGUAGGUCACCCGACCCUUUGAGAAAGCAGACCGGUGCCAGAUGGCUUGGGCGGAAUCGCUGCCAUUUCCUGUACACAGUGUCAAGGCAGCAGCUUAUGAAUGAAUGGUAAUUGUGGUGAUGGCAAUGCCCAGUGAUAAAUAUUUAUCCAAUGUCCAAAUGACUGGGCGCUGUACAGAAGUCAAUUGUAAUGCAGAUUCUGAGCUGCAACCAUAAAAAAGAAAAGCAUAAACACAUCUAAAACUAGUUACAUAAAUAAACACAAUGCAAACAUUUAAAAACAAUUCUGUGUUCAAAAACAGCUCUGAUGCUGAGUGGCAGAAAGAUCUCCACUUGAAAGGUUUGUUGAAAGAGAAAAGUAUUCAGCAGGUGCCGAAAAGAUGACAAAGAUGGCGCCUGACUAGUAUGCAACGUAGGGGUGAGGAACCUUUGGCCCGCCAGAUGUUGCCGAACAUCAACUCCCAUCAGCCCCAGCAAACAAAGUGACCAGGGACAUUGGGAGUUAUUCUUCGUCAACGCCUGGAGGGCCAAAGCUCCCUCACAUCUGGUGUAAAGGGAGGGAAUUCAAAAGAGUAGGCUGGAUUCCUACAUCAUACAUGUCAGGACCCGGAGUUGAGCGUAGGUCACCAAUAAAGAAAACACGCUGUCAGCUCAGUUAGCUCUUUAUUCAAAGAAACCAAAACAGUGCAGGCCUAGUGAUCACAGCAACUCAUCCCAGUAGGUCGUGCCCUCAAUGAGGCAGUUGCAAGGGCUGAAGGUCCCCGCCUUGACACCACUCUGUAAGACUACUCCUCUUCAGGGGUCUUUCCCAAAGCAGUCAUAACUGCUCUGCUCUUUUCCUUUCUCUGCAUGUUCUAGGAGACCAGGAGGGAGGGGAGCUGGUGGCAGCAGGAGGGGGAGACUCCCUGGCUUCUUCAGCAGCCUGUCUCAACUCUGCCUCUUCACUCACACACACACACACACACACACACACACGCUUCUGCUUUUGCCUCUGGACUGCUCUCUGGCACAGACUCUCCCUUCUCACUAAACCCUGUUGCCUCUUCUGCUUCCGACACCUGCUCCUCCCAGUCUGCUCUCUUUUCUCUCUCUGACCGCUCACCGUCAUCCCACCACCAAUCCCCGGGCUCUGAGCCUUCUUCCCCUGGGGGUUCCCCAGCCUGCGUCUCCCACCAUUCCUCUGUAUCCAGUCGGCCAGUCCAUGACAGACACAUUUGACCUUCUGAUAAGGUGGUGCCUGCAGGAGGUCUUUGAUUGCGUUUGUAACGGGUGAGGCGUUCUUUUAGAUCGUUAAGUGAGUUACCCAGUAGUUUCCCAGCAUAAAGCUAAAUGUCAGUAACCAAGCCUCUCCCCAUCUCUGCCUGACAGAGCCAACACUUGGAAGUAUGGAAGAGGCCCCUCGUCAAUGGCCAGUUCGCGGUAGCGGUGAUGAACAACGGCACCGAUGGGGCACCAAAGCCAAUUGUGACGACUCUGGGACUUCUGGGCAUCUUGGACUGCAAGGCAGGCUACAAGGUCUAUGAAGUGCUGGAAAAGUUGUUCAUGGGGACCUACAAGCUCAAUGACCCCAUUCGCACCAAGGUCCCUCCUACCGGCGUGGUCCUGUUCUUCCUCAGGCCUUUGUGCUGAUCUUCCCUUUCAGCAAGGACUCAGUGUGCUUCAGAUGUCACAAGGGAAGCCGGCAGCUAAGGAAAUCAGCAGCCAAGGCAUGAAAGCUUCUUCUUCCUCCUUGUGAAGGGCUUUGGCAAUGAGCACAGGGGAUAAACAGAACCAUGGAAAAGCUAGACCCUCCACCCAAUUUCUCUGGGUGUUUUGGGGAUAUUUAGAAACUCUCCUGAGAAGUAUGUACCUACCUGUAUGGAAGAGAGUUGCAGAACCCCAAAGGAGCUGCCUCCAUGAAAACUACCUUUUCUGGAUUAGCCUCACAAAACUGCACAAGAGGGAUGGUGCAAUUCCCACUGCUUCACAAAGCUUAUGUGCAUGGCGCAGAAUGGCCCAGAUCCGUCCAUUGGCACCUUCAGCCAUGCAGAAAAACAACUGCUGCAAGAGUGUUGUGUGUGGCUCAGCCCUUGAAGGUAGCGGGAACCAGGGGCAGUUUGGAAGCUAAGCGCAUAUCCUUCCCUCCAUCCUUAUUACCUGGAUUACCUGGAAAAUCAUGGAAGUGCCCUAUCCUUUGUCGCUCAGGUCUCCAGUCCCUCUCCCAAAUCAAUGAAGUCGUACUGGUUUUAAUGGUAUGGUUGUGUCCUCAGGUGGCCUGGCUCUCUUUCCAUUUCUUUCCGUUCUGAGAGAAGGGGUUCCCCCGUCUCCUGGGCUGCAGGAGCACAGCUUCUCUUGCUUACAAACCCUCUUUGUCUCCCUUACUGCAAGACAGCCCAACUCACACUGUGCUGCGCAUGGAAUUCUGCAGCUAAACAUGUCUGCUCUUCUCUGUGCAGGGGAAAAGGGGUUUCUUAACUAUAUCUUGACACUUGAAAGUAGCUGUCCUAGGUAAGUAAAGGAAUGCUUUCUGGUAUCUGCUGGUUUGAUAUGGUCUGCAUAUGCACCAUAUAUUUAAAACACAUUUCUCCCCCCCUCCACACGCAAACAAAGAAUCCUGGGAACUGUAGUUUAUCCCCUACAGAGCUACAGUUCCCAGUACCCUUAACAAAUGACAGUUCCCCCAGGAUUCGUUGGGGAAAGCUGUGUGCUUUAAAUGUAUUGGGCAUUUGCAGCCUUAAUCUGGAAGAAGAGCCUCUUUCACAGCAACGUCCCAUCACCGAAAAGCCCCUUCAGUCAGUUUUAACUAUCUUUCCACCUAACUUCAGGCAGUCAGUAGUAGGGGAAUUAAUUUACGCGAUCCAUAGAACCAAAAAAAAGAGAGUGUUCUUCAGUGACAGAGGUUUGUGCCUUUAUAAUUUCAGAAGCAAACAGUUCCCCGUUUAAGAACUGCAACCAACAUAGCAUUUUAGUUUGUUGUACACGGAGCAUGUUAUUCUGCAUUGAAAUGUAUGGAGCGGGUGAAAACCUAAGAGUCUGGGAGGUGGAUCUGCAAUGCAGUCUUCUCCUUCAUGAGUCCCAGAGGAAGUAACAGGAGUUGUGCAGAAUGCAGGUUCACAUCUAAACAAAUGUGGCCACAGGGCUGUGUGUGAUCAUCAGACACAGCCCAGAUUUUGGGUGCCCUGAAGGGCUUGAGACAGACAGACCUGACCUCUCUGGGGGCACACUCCCAUUUCUUUCAUUGGGGCUUGUGGAGGAGAACUUCGCAGGGAGCUGUGACCCUGUGUUGAGGCAGCUGGAAAGAGGCAGCUGAUUCGGCUGCUGUGGAUAUAACGGAUAAUGAACCCCUAGGGUCCAGUUCAAGUGAGGCAGACUCGCCUGUCCGUUGCAUUCCUUCCUGUAUGCUUUAUGGCUGUCCCUAAAGCCGCAGCAAUUAACCUGCAGUAAAACAUAGGUUUAUAAUAGUUGCACAGGAGCAAUUAACAUUGCCAGGAAGUACCGCUGCCCUGCUAAUAAAGCUUCUUCACAGAGUGCUUGACUUCAACAUACUGUACUCCCUGAAACUUAAGCAGGACUACACAGAUAAUAUGCCACUUUUUUAUAGUUGUUGAUAUCAAUUCUAACCUCUAUGGGCCACCUUCUCCCAGGUGUGACCUGUUGUACGCACCAGUGUCUGAGGCUCUACUCUGGGUUUCCCAACCCACUGAGGUUUGACUAGAUGGAGCAGGGACAUUUUGGUUGCGGUAUCAAUUGGAAUUUGCACUGUUUGGAGCCCUGUAUGCCUUCUGGCUCCUGGUGGAAUACUUUGCUCUUUAAGUGUCCUUUGGGGGAAGCUGAAGCAAGGACUUCUUUUUUUUUUUUUUGCCUUUUUUGUUCCAACUGCUGAUUGCCUUAUUUCAGUGUUGCGUUUUGAUAUUCUUUUGAUAGUUUUGUAUUUCAGUGGUAUUUGCUGCUUUUGGUUCCCUAGUGAGAGAAACGACAGCAUAGACAUUUAAAAAA